AUGUCCCAUGCACCCAAUCCUACGGCCCCCGAUGUCGAUAUCGACAUUUACACGACCCUUCGCCUUAUGCAGGAGCAAAUGCAGCAACAGCAACUCCUUUUACAACAGCAACAAGCCAGGAUUCAACAACUGGAAGCCGAAUCAGUCGAACAGGAUGGCAAAGUGGUCUGCAAGCCCCGAGCAACCACUCUCAAGCUCUACGAGGAACUCCUCAACAUCUAUCCAGCCAUCGGGGAACCCAAGUUCUUCGAUUCCGAGCUUCCCAAGAACCAUGACGUUUUCGAUUGGAACGACUACCAUUACACCGAGGGUAUGGAUUACAAGCCUCCCCCAGUUUUGCAACACUCCGAAGUGUCCCUCACGGAUGCAGCCAAGCGACACGAACGUGAUUUGGCAACAAUCCAAGGAUAUUUAGCACACACAACCCGGUUCUACGACACUCUCGCCCAUGAGAUCAUCAAAAAUAAGGAAUCCGACUCGGCUCACGGCAAACGUACGCUCGGUUUCCUCAACACCGUACGUAUCUCAGCAUCCCACGACGCUUCCAGGAUCAGUCGAAUGCGAGAGAACCUUUACCUCGACGAACUCGGUAUUAAGCAUGGAAACGACAAGGAGGAAUCCCUUUUCACUUUGGAAUCACUGGCAGCCAAAAAAGCAGCCGCUGAUCUGGUUCGAAAGACAUACAAGAAAUACGAACCUCCAAAGGACAAGACCAAGAAGCCUGACAACAAGUCUAUCAAAGACAAGUCAGCAACAGACGACACUCCCAAGGACCAGCAGUCGGGAAAGUCGCAACCCAAGGACAAGUCAGGAUAUAGAUCCGACAACGGCAAGUCGGGUUACAAGUCGGACGGAGGCAAGUAUGGUAGCAAGCCUCGGUACAAGUCUGGUGGCAGUCAAGGCAGGAAGCAACCAGACCAGGGAAACGACGGGGAGGAGUCGGAUUAG